AUGAAAAGGAAGAGACCAGCGGAUGUAGGAGACCAACAGCCCCGGCCGGCUCGACGGGCUCGAAAAACUCAAGCACCUCCAGAGGACGCAGAAGUCAUUGACCUUACCGGAGAAUCAUCUCAUGCGACACCAAAAUCGCAGAAAAGGCAGACAAAGUCAUCUCAAAAAGGAGAACCAGAGCGCAGGCUUCGCGCGUUUAGAUCCAAACCACCACAGACCUACUUGGUCAAGCUAGAGAGAGCAAGAACGCAGAGACUAUUUGUUCUCAAAAGGACUAGAGGAGGCACCGAUGAAGUCCCAGAGGAAUAUAUCGACAUUGCUGGAUCAACUGGCAACGUAUACCAGGUUGUUAUCGGGAAAGAGCCGACAUGCAACUGCCCAGAUGCAAGGAAAGGAAACCAAUGCAAGCAUGUAGUCUAUGUCCUCUAUCAUGUUCUCAGGGUACACGAGCAUCUCCGCUACCAGCUCGCGUUUCUAUCAUCGGAGCUCCGAGAGAUUUUCGAACAUGCGCCGCAAAAUCCUGCAGAGGCCGCUUCUACAGGCAACUCUGAGGGGAACCGCAAAGAAAUUGACGGGGACUGUCCGAUUUGCUUCAUGCCGUUUGAAGCUGAAAAUGAAUCGAUAGUCUGGUGCAGGGCCGCAUGUGGCAAUAAUAUUCACAAGUCCUGCUUUCAGCAAUGGGUUUCCAGUCAAAGUGGAAAGGCAGUUCGCUGUGUUUACUGUCGAACGCCAUGGCAACUAGAUGACGUUCCGCUCUUGGAGAAUUUAUUGGAGAAAGGCAAGGUGAACAGCGAGGGAUACCUGAAUGUUGGCGCGAGCCUGGGGUUGAGCCGCCUACGGGAUUGUUCUACGUAUCAUCAAGGCUCGGGCUACCGACGGUGGUAUCGUUAG